UUACGCAUGCGCUGGGCUACUCCUUUCCAAGAUGGCGACGGGUGUACUUUUUGUGUUUUGCUUUGCUCUUUUCGCUUUUUGCUCCUCUGCCAACAAGGUAGAGGAUCAAGACCAGUGCAGGGUAUAUGCAGGUGGACAGGUCUAUCCAGAGAGAACUAAGAUAUCGGAACAUGCUGUACACUGGAGCAAGGCGCAAAUCUCAAAGCCCGCACCAUUCUGGGAAGGAACAGCAGUUGUAAAUGGAGAGUUUAAGGAGUUGAAGCUGUCAGAUUUUGAAGGAAAAUACCUUGUCUUCUUUUUCUACCCACUGGAUUUCACAUUUGUAUGCCCCACCGAGAUUAUAGCCUUUAGCGACCGCAUUGAAGAAUUCCGGGCAAUCAACACAGAAGUCGUAGGUUGCUCAGUAGACUCCGUCUUCACCCAUCUUGCUUGGAUAAACUCCCCACGCAAGGAAGGGGGUUUGGGCAAUCUUAAGUACCCUCUUCUCUCUGAUAUUAACCAUCAAGUCUCAAAGGAUUAUGGGGUACUCCUGGAGAACGAGGGCCACACCUUGAGGGGAUUGUUUAUCAUUGAUGACAAGGGAGUCCUUCGACAAAUUACAAUGAAUGAUUUACCAGUUGGGCGAUCUGUCGAUGAGACCCUCCGUCUCGUCCAGGCCUUCCAGUACACUGACAAGCACGGUGAGGUGUGCCCGGCAGGGUGGAAGCCUGGCAAGGACACCAUUAUUCCAGAUCCAACUCAGAAGAAAAAGUACUUUGAGAAGCAAGCCCAGAAAGAGGAUUUAUAAAUCUAAGGACCACACUUUGGUCUAGAUGUGAAGGUGAUCGUGUUUGUUCUAAAAAGGCGUUUUUGCCAGGACAGUACCUAGAACACUAAUUUAAUGACAGUUUCCCAGUCAGUCCAGUUACCUUAGCUUGCUUUACUCUGGUUGCAUAGGUCAACUUGUUUAGAGAUUGCCGACAAACAGGCGCUACCCUUGAAGAGACUGUGUAUGGCCUUUGAUCUACAUGAUGUAAGACCAUUUCUCUCUAAACAGCUCAUUCUUGUUUCAUUUCAAGGGUUUAUAUUAUUUAAUUGUUGAUUGUAAUUUCCCACUCCUCAAUUGUUAAGGGCCUCCAGUUUAUGUGACGUCAUUUUGAGAAAAAUAUCUUUUUGUGUAUUUCUAUAUCUAAAUCCUUAUCUAUAAACAGUAAGAAUAACAGGCGCGCAUACCCAGGGUUGGUAGGAGGGGGUUGCCCAGUCGUAGGUAUCAUUUGAAUAGUAUUUGACAAUUCUUCAAUAAGAAAUGAACCUUUUGAAA